AAGCGCAAGCCCGAACGCCUUGGGCCGGCGCCGGGGGGGCGGGGCGCCGGAGGCGGAACAGGAAGUGAAGACAGAGUCGGUGGGCGGUGACUCAAGAUGGCGGCUGUGGUGCUGGUGGCGACGCGGCUGCUGCGAGGCUCGGGGUCUUGGGGCCGCUCGCGGCUGAGGUUUGGAGCCCCUGCAUACAGGCAGUUCAGUAGUGGCGGUGCCUAUACCAGCGUCCCCCUCUCUUCCCCCUUGCCCGGAGUACCCAAGCCUGUUUUUGCUACAGUUGAUGGACAAGAAAAGUUUGAAACCAAAGUCACCACACUGGAGAAUGGGCUUCGUGUGGCGUCCCAAAAUAAGUUUGGACAGUUUUGUACAGUAGGAAUUCUUAUUAACUCUGGAUCAAGAUAUGAAGCAAAACAUCUCAGUGGAAUUGCUCAUUUUUUGGAAAAAUUGGCAUUUUCGUCUACUGAUCGAUUUGACAGCAAAGAUGAAAUUCUGCUUACCUUGGAGAAGCACGGGGGUAUUUGUGACUGCCAGACAUCAAGAGACACCACCAUGUAUGCUGUGUCUGCAGAUUCUAAAGGCCUGGACACGGUGGUUGGCUUGCUGGCAGACGUGGUCCUGCACCCCAGGCUAACAGAUGAAGAAAUCGAGCUGACGCGUAUGGCUGUCCGGUUUGAGCUGGAGGACCUCGGCAUGCGGCCCGACCCGGAGCCCCUUCUCACCGAGAUGAUUCACGAGGCUGCUUACAGGGAAAACACAGUUGGCCUCCACCGUCUCUGCCCUACGGAGAACAUAGCAAAGAUCGACCGAUCGGUGCUUCAUUCCUACCUGAGAAACUACUACACCCCGGACCGCAUGGUGCUGGCCGGGGUGGGGGUGGGGCACGAGCAGCUGGUGGAAUGCGCCAGGAAUUACCUGCUGGGCACCCGCCCUGCCUGGGGCAGUGGGGCGGCCGCGCACGUGGACGGAUCGGUGGCUCAGUACACUGGGGGCAUCGUCACGCUGGAAAGGGACAUGUCCAGUGUCAGCCUGGGCCCCACCCCGUUUCCCGAGCUCACGCACAUCAUGAUUGGCCUGGAGAGCUGUUCCUUCUUGGAGGGGGACUUCCUCCCUUUCGCUGUGCUGAAUAUGAUGAUGGGCGGUGGCGGCUCCUUCUCGGCCGGCGGGCCUGGCAAGGGCAUGUUCACCAGGCUCUACCUCAACGUGCUCAACAGGCACCACUGGAUGUACAACGCGACCUCCUACCACCACAGCUACGAGGACACAGGCCUCCUGUGCAUUCACGCCAGCGCUGACCCCAGACAGGUUCGAGAAAUGGUGGAAAUCAUCACGAGAGAGUUUGUUUUAAUGGCUGGAACUGUGGAUGUGGUGGAGCUGGAGCGGGCCAAGACGCAGCUCAUGUCCAUGCUCAUGAUGAACCUGGAGGCCAGGCCCGUCAUCUUCGAGGACGUGGGGAGGCAGGUGCUGGCCACCCGCUCCAGGAAGCUGCCCCACGAGCUGUGCACACUCAUCCGCGAUGUGAAGCCAGAGGACAUCAAGAGAGUUGCUUCUGCAAUGCUCCGCAGGAAGCCCGCAGUGGCCGCCCUGGGGGACCUGAGCGAUCUGCCGGCGUACGAGCACGUCCAGGCGGCACUGGCGAAUAAGGACGGGCGCCUGCCCAGGACGUAUCGGCUCUUCCGGUAGA